AUGGCAAAACGUUCGGGAUCCUACAAGAAGUAUUUGGAGGAUGGCACAGAACGAAUCCCGAAAAGAACACGGAACAGAUGGAAGCUAGCAAAAAGACGCAAGGAGGCUGUCCCCAAUGAAGAAAACAAUGAAGAUGAUGAUUCCUUGCAAAAUGUGGUCAUACACGAUAAAAAUUUCACAGAAAAUGAAGAUGAGGAAAACUCUUCUACUGGUUCUCAAGAGAUCAAAGAAGACAGCAUUGAAGAUGAAAAUGUGGAGACUGAAGACCUGGAUUUCAACGCAAAAGAAAACGCUCCUCAAUGUGCAAUGCACAAAUUCAUGGGGUGGGGGGGGGGGGGUGGGGGGGGGGGGGGGGGGGGGGGGGGGGGGGGGGGGGGGUGGGGGGGGGGGGGGGGGGGGGGGGGGGGGGGGGGGGGGGGGGUGGGGGGGGGGAGGUUGCAACUCGUUCCUCAAGUCGCAUACAUCACCACCAAAGGCCCGAUAAUGUCUGUGAAUAUUGUCCCUGUCACCAAACACCACUAUUAA